GAUGAGGCUAUGUUCACUAAUGUGGGAACGACGCUAUACUCAACUACUUGACUACGUAUCUUAAAUGGAUACGAACAACAAACAUCCUGUUAACGGGGAUGACAAGAUAAAAGCGAGCGCAUCGAGCUUACAGUCCAAAGCAGACAUACGAAAGAAGAAACGAGUUAAACUCGGGCAUAGCGAACGAGAGGACGACUCUGAAAGCUCAACAGAGUCUCAAGAAGAAUCCAUUGAAGAUGAGGACCUCCGAAAGGUCAAAGAAUCUUCUACCAAACAGCCUGAAGAACCUGAUAUAGAACAGUCAAUUGACACCUCCAAUGCCGAACAAGAAAUCGCCGAGGCAUUUGGGAUGUAUUGUGCGGUGGAUGAUUCGGAAAUGGCAUAUGACUCGGCGAUAGGAUUCGGAGAUUAUGGGAGACCUGACACAAGAAUUGGUGGAGUGAAGAUGGUGGCGAUCCAAUCGAAGCCAGAGCCGAUAGCGAGGCCGAAACCGAAACCAUCAGAGGGUGUUCGAUGAUACUGUCAACUGCAAUUGCAAGGAAUUACGCAGUGACGGACGAGUAGAACAUAUUCUCAAGUUACAUGUUGAAUUAGAUACCCGAUUCGGACACAGACUCAAGUAUUGUAAAACGACCGAGGUGGUAUCUCCACCGUAGGUGUAAGU